GGGCUGCUCGGGCGCGCCGUCGGCUGCCUUCCCUCAGGGCAGACCGUUAGCGGCAGCGCUGACUCCCCGGGGAGCGGCCAAGGGUGGGAGGCAGGCGAGGCGUGGGACGGCGAAGAGGAAGCCAAGCUCUGGGGUGGCUGACGGCAGGGUGAAGAGGUGCCAGGGCCACCUGCUGCCAUGGGGGCACAGGAUCGGCCUCAGUGCUUCUUCGACAUAGAAAUCAACCGAGAGCCAGUUGGUCGUAUUGUAUUUCAACUUUUCUCUGAUGUAUGCCCAAGAACUUGCAAAAACUUUCUCUGCCUGUGUACAGGUGAAAAAGGAAUUGGGAAAACAACUGCAAAAAAGCUCUGCUACAAAGGCUCUACCUUCCACCGUGUGGUUAAAAACUUCAUGAUUCAAGGUGGAGACUUCAGUGAAGGUAAUGGAAAAGGAGGUGAAUCUAUUUAUGGCGGAUAUUUUAAAGAUGAGAACUUUAUUCUGAAACAUGAUAGAGCAUUUCUUUUGUCAAUGGCAAACAGAGGGAAACAUACCAAUGGUUCCCAGUUUUUCAUAACUACAAAGCCUGCUCCUCAUCUUGACAGUGUACAUGUUGUCUUCGGACUGGUUAUUUCUGGUUUUGAAGUAAUAGAACAAAUAGAGAAUCUGAAAACUGAUACUGCCAGUAGGCCAUAUGCUGAUGUGCGAGUUAUUGACUGUGGGGUGCUGGUUACAACAUCAGCCAAAGAUGUGUUGGAGAAGAAGAGGAAGGUGGCUGCUGACUCAGAAGCUUCAGAUACCUCCACCAGCAGUUCUUCUACUUCAUCAGAAUCUUCAUCUGACAGUGAGUCUGAAAAUGAGAGGAUUAGGAAAAGGAAACGCAAGAGGAGAACCAAAGUUAAACAAUCAAGAAAGCGAAGAAGGGAAGAAAGGAAGAAAGAGGAACCCAGGAACAAACAAACAUUGGGCCACCGAAGCCACUCUGACAGAAGUGAAGCCAAUGAAAAAUCUGUGGACUUGAAUACAAAAAGAGACAAACCUGUUGUCCGUCCCGAAGAAAUUCCUCCAGUGCCUGAAAACAGAUUUUUGCUGAGAAGAGAUGCACCAGUUAUAAAUGCAGAGCCUGAGCCGAAGCCUCUUGAUGUAGCACCGGUUUUGACUGACCAGAAGCCCUCGGUUUCUAAAUCUGGAAGGAAGAUCAGAGGGAGAGGCACAAUACGAUACCAUACACCACCUCAUUCUCGCUCAUGUUCAGAAUCUGAUAAUGAUGGGAGCAGUGAAACGCCCCCACAUUGGAAAGAAGAAAUGCAAAGGUUAAGAGCCUACAGACCACCAAGUGGAGAGAAAUGGAGUAAAGGGGACAAGUUGAGUGACCCAGGAAGGUGGGAUGAAAGAAGUCGAUCGCAGAGGUCUAGGUCUUGGUCACAUAAUGGCUAUUCAGAUCUAAGUAGUGCAAAAUAUGUUAACCACCACAAAAAACACCGGAGAGAAAAAAAGGCAAAGCAUAAGAAAAAGGCCAAAAAGCAAAAACACUUCAAGAAGCAAAAACAAAUUAAAAAAGAGAGAGUAUCGCCUUCCACAGAAAGAGAAUCUUCUCAUUCAACUACAAGAAGAACAAAAUCACCUUGUGAUCAUGAGAGGGUGUCCCGCUCCUCUUCACUGACAUCAAGGGAUUCCUCCUCUCAGAGGGAUUGGUCUAAAUCAGAGAGAGAUAACCAGAGUUCAUUGUCUUCAUCAAGUAGAGACUCCCGGUCAUACCACAGGUUCAAAUCUAGGUCCAAGUCCAGAUCAAGAUCUUAUUCCAGAAGAAGUUCUAGGUCAAGGAUUGCUUUGAAGUCCUCUCUCUCUAGGAGUAGGUCAAGAUCUACUUCCAAUUCCAGGCAUUUGAGGACAGUGUCCCAUUCACCAAAAAAUACUGCAGCUCGUUUAAAUGAACACAAGACAGUCAAGGCUGAACCUGCAAGAACAGUCUUACCACAGAACGAUAAAGUUGUGAUUGCGGCUGUUGUUUCUGAAAGCAUUCAAAUUAUACCCCUAAGUGACAGUCCUCCGCCUUCUAGAUGGAAACCAGGGCAAAAGCCAUGGAAGCCAUCCUAUGAACGAAUUCAAGAAAUGAAAGUGAAAACCACCCAUGUAAUACCUGCUCAAACUAACUAUAGUUCAGUAAAUGUCAAAGAGGCUAGCACAUCCUCUUCAUACAAAAAGCGACAGAAAAGUUCAGAUAGCGAUCAGAGCAGUUAUUCAAAACAUCGAAGUGAUCGAAGUUCAGAUAGUUGGCGAAGAUCCAGGAGCAGGUCAUCUAGAAGUAGAUCCUACUCUAAGUCUUAUUCAAGAUCAAGAAGUCCAUCCAGUUCAAGAUCAAGGUCUCGAUCAACCAUUAGAUCCCAUUCAGUGACUAAAUUCCCCAGUGACCAAUCAUGCUACAGUGGGUCAUCGUCUUAUUUUUCUCUAAGUGAUGAUGAUCGACAGAAGAAUAAAGUGAAAUCUCAAUCCAGAGAAAGAAAUUUACAGUCAAAGAAAAGGCAAAGUAGUUCUGAAAGUACUCUUCCUUAUGUAAAAGAUGAGAGUUCUCAAAAGCACAGAGAGAGUACAAGUGAAUCUUCUUUGGAUUUCUCCACAGAUAGCGAGCCAUUGGCUAAAUCGCAACCAAUCCAAGAAAAGGGGCUGUUACGGCCAGAAAAAGCUAAUAAGAAGCAAAAUAAAAGCAGUUCUACUUGUGAUGGGCAUGAAGAGAAGUCAAGGUCUGAAUGGAGCAGUGACCAGAGGACUCUGAAGGAGAAAUCCUCUGAAACUCCAAGAAGUAGUCAGAGAGCAAGAAAGAAAACUCAUUCUGACAGUAAGUGGGACUCUGAAUCAAAUUCAGAUAAGGGUGGAAACAGAAACAGUAAAUAUGAUUCAAGAUUAUCUUCUAGUAAAGAGGAAGGCGAGGCCACAUCAGACUCGGAUACAGAUCCCAGCCUUGUCAAAUGUAAGACUAAACCGGAUUCUUCCUUGGGUGCACUGAAAGUAAGCAAACAGCAGUUGUCCCCUUGUGGGACAGAGAGCUCCCAUUCCAAUUCAGGUGUUAGAGGAAAAUCAAGAAAGCAGAAGCGUGGUUCUAAAAAGAACCUCAAAAAGUCACAUUCCAAAAAAGCUAAAGAGAAAUCAAAGGCUAAAAAAGAGAAGAAACAUAAGGCUCAAAAGCAAAAGGAAACAUUUCAUUGGCAGCCUCCACUGGAGUUUGGGGAGGAGGAGGAGGAGGAGGAUGUUGCUGUGAAGUCAGCGGCCAAGGAUGAGAGAGAGAAGAAAGUCACGAGUGAGACUAAAGAUAAAAAUCAAGAUCAAGCUUCUGAAAAUCACGAAGUGGUCAAAAACCAAAUAAAGGAUGAAGCAAAGCUCCAUGAAGAGAACAUAAUAUCUGAUAAAACUGCUGGCAGUGCAUCAUCUGCUGGUACCAAAAUUCGUAAAGAUAAUGAACCGUCAACUUCAGCCCGUACACUAAAACCAGAUAAAAAUAUGGAUGUUCCUGAAAGUGUGGCUACUGUUAAAGUAAAUAUUGACAGUGAGGUAGAUGUUACCCAGAUGGAUGACAUGGAGAUAUGUACUCCAGAUCAUAACUCACCAGUAAAGGUUGAUGUAGACCUUGCUCCAGCAAGUCUGAAGGCGAACUUCCAGGAUGCUAGUAAGAACACAGAUAUGCCAAAUAACUCUGAAGCAGAGGGCGCAAAACAAGAAACUAAUGGUAGAGAGUUGGCUGCUGUUACAGAAUGCAAAAAAGAAAAACAAAGCCCUAACCCCACUGCAACAGCUACUGCUAUGGAAAACAACAUGAAAACUGAAAUGGCUGAAAAUUCUCAGAGCAGCAUAGUGGAUAAUAAAUGGAAACCGUUACAGGGCGUAGGUAAUCUACAGGUGUCAACUGCAGCAGCUGCUAGUAAUCCUUCAGAAGCCAAAAGUGUAGCCUUAUCGUCGGAAUCAAAGCCACAGGGUUUAAGGAUAGAAAUUAAAAGCAAAAACAAAAUUCGACCAGGCUCUCUGUUUGAUGAAGUUAGAAAGACAGCACGGCUCAAUCGGAGGCCCAGAAACCACGAAAGUUCCAGUGAGGAGGAUUCUCCCGUAAGAGAGAACAGCCAGUCGAGAAGCCACAGCCGGUCACGAAGCAAGUCCGUCCCUAAAUCCAGACACAGAACAAGAUCCCUCUCCUAUAGUAACUCAAGAAGUAGAUCAAGGAGUUCCACUUAUUCUUACAGGUCAAGGAGCUACACGCGAAGCCGGAGCAGAGGAUGGUACAGCAGAGGUCGCUCAAGAAGUCGAAGUAGUUCCUAUCACAGUUACAGGAGUCAUAGUCGCACCUACAGCAGAAGCCGGUCCAGAAGCAGUUCUUAUGGUCACCGUAGUCGAUCCAGAAGCAGGUCCUACACAUAUGACAGUUACUACAGCAGGAGUCGUAGCCGAAGCAGAAGCAAAAGGAGCGACAGUUAUCAUAGGUCUCGCAGUUAUGAUAGACGGUCCAGAUCUUAUGGCUCUGACAGUGAAAGUGACCGCAGUUAUUCUAACAAUCGGAGCCCCAGUGAAAGCAGCAGAUACAGCUGAGAAUGUGUGGCUGAAAAUGUUGAUUGUAUUUAACAGGCUUUUUUUUUUUUACAUCAAUACUGUAUUGAGGAGAAAAAAGAUUUGUUUAAAGUGCUCCUAAGUGAAAGAUGCCUAGAGGCAAGGCCUUAUUUAUAACUUUGAGCAGAGCUUUUCUUAUGUUCUACACUUGGACAGCUAUCUUCUGUUUUCUGAGGAUUGUAUUUGUGUGGAUUCACAGGUAUCUUUGUGUCUCAAGAGAGAGAACACUGCAGUAUCAGAAUAAUCUCUUGAGAUAACAGAUGGUUUCUAGCCUUUUCUCAAAAACAUGCUGGCAACUAAGAAACUGUGAAGAAUAGUACUAUUAAAAGGCUACCUUCUGUGUAGCUACUUAAAAAAGCGGAUCUUAAAAACUGAUAUCAGUUCAGUGGAGUCUUGUAUGUAUAUGGUAUUAGUCCAUACAUGCCCCUAGUUGGAUAACGAGCAUUAUUAAGGCAGACCCUUUGUCUUGAUCUUUGCUCAACCCUUUUCCAUUGUACCUUUCCACUGCAGAGCAAUGCAGAAUGAGCUUUCUCAUAUAAUGCAGAAUAUAAUACUUAGGUUCAGGUGUGAGACUUCUGACUCUCAACAUGAAUAUGUUUAACCAUGGGUGUAUAAUAAGGUUCCAAAAAUGGUACUAGACAAUUCCACUUUGGUCUUGUAUUUUUGGUAAGAAAACAAGAAUAAUGUCCUUUUUGCUUCGUUUUACUUCCAAACACAAGGCAAAAAGGACAUUAUUCCUCCUUUUAAAAUAUCUGAAAAAGACUUGGACAUGGUUCGUCUUAAUGUCUGCUCAUACUUGGUUGAAAAGAAUUGGGCCAUAUGUUCACGGGGAUCUCCUGGUGAAAGGUUGCCAUCAAGUGUUGAUUUUAAACAGUAGCUAUAUAAAACAAAGAAAAUCCUGAGAGCUUGUUUUCAGUGUUCUUUACCAAAAUAUCUUGACAGUGACAGCAAGCUGUCUGUAAACAGUUACGAAAACUUUCAUUUUCAAUUCAGAAGUGCUGGACUUCUUUCAGUGCUUUGAUUCAACAGACAAUACAUCUGUAAAUCACCAUUUCAGUGUGUACAAAUUUUCAUAUUAAAUAAUGGCUUUUUUACAGCAGAAAUAGUUCACUGAUACCUGGGUUUGAGAGCAGGAGAAAAUGCUGAUCGUAAAUGUAGUAGUGAUUUUGAAUUUAACUUUCUAUCAUUUUGAGAUGCUGUACAUUUGUUAGAUGUUGAAAAUGUUUUUUGUCAAAAAAAACCCCAAAGCUGUACAUUUUAAAAUGUGAUCUUUUUUCCUUUGCAAUUAAAAAUAUGAAUCAUUUAAAGUA